GGCGCGGCGGGCGCAGGAAUGCGCGUUACGGUUAAAUAGUGAGGGCGCAGGGGCGGCCGCCGCGGGCGGGCGGCGGCGGCUCGGGGCGCCGGCAGAGCCUCCAUGGCGCGGCGCAGCUCCCGGGGUGGCGGCACCAGCGGCAGAGGCGGCGCGGCGCUGUUGUGACAGCGGCGGGGACUGGCCUUCCUCCAGCCCCGCUCCCGAGCGGGGGCCCCGCGCCGGUGCUCACAGAGAGGAGCCGUGGCGGCGGCAGCGGCGGCCGGGGGCAGCCGGCGUGUCACCGCCUCUAUGAUGAAAUUCAAGCCGAACCAGACGCGGACGUACGACCGGGAGGGCUACAAGAAGCGGGCGGCGUGCCUAUGCUUCCGCAGCGAGCGGGAGGACGAGGUGCUGUUGGUAAGCAGUAGCCGAUAUCCAGAUCAGUGGAUUGUACCAGGUGGAGGAAUGGAACCAGAAGAAGAGCCAGGAGGAGCAGCUGUGAGAGAGGUGUAUGAAGAGGCUGGAGUAAAGGGAAAGCUAGGCAGACUACUUGGGAUAUUUGAGCAGAACCAGGAUCGGAAGCAUAGGACGUACGUUUAUGUUCUUACUGUGACGGAAAUACUGGAAGACUGGGAGGAUUCAGUUAAUAUAGGAAGGAAAAGAGAAUGGUUUAAAGUAGAAGAUGCAAUCAAGGUCCUUCAGUGUCACAAGCCUGUUCAUGCAGAAUACUUGGAAAAACUGAAACUGAGCUGUUCACCCACUAAUGGAAACUCUGGGGUUCCCCCUCUUCCAGAUAACAACUCCUUAUAUGUCACUUCUGCACAGACUUCUGGGUUGCCCUCUACUGUGAGAUAAACAUUUGGAUUACCUUUUUAUUUGUGUCAUCACAACAGGAGACAUCUGUGAUCACAUAUAAGCAUCUGUAUAACUGUCAGUUCUAAGUGAAAUAUGUGAAUGUGUCAUAAUGUCGAAUUUAUUUGAACAUGUUUUUCUUUUGAAAAUGUAAAGUAGUAUUUCAGCAAACCAAAGCCAUAUAGGGAUUUUUUUAAGAUGCCUUAAUAGGCCACUAAAAAAGGAACUUGACUAUAUAAAUUUAUAAAUUUCCAUAUCUGCUAAAAUAAAAUAUGCAUCUCAGUGGUGUUCAGCUUAUUUAAAACUUGUGAGUUUUAGUCAGUAGUUAAAGCUUGAGCAAAUAGUCUUAUACUAAACUCUUAUUUGGUAUCCGCAGAUAAAGUGCUAAGACCUUAAGCUGGCAGUAUUGGGUAAAUGGAUGUGUUGAAGGCAGAGAUGCACAAGGGUGACUACAACAAAGCACUAAACCACAUUCAGCCUGUCAAGAGCAAUGGAUACCAACACUAAGCACUGCUUGCCUCAGUUAUCCAAAAGGUUGCCUUGUCCUAUGCAAUCUUCAUGUAACAUAUAACUAGGGCAAGAACAAUAACUUCAUCUUGCAGCUACCAAAACUAUCCACUAGACUUGUGUUUCAUCACUUGGUCACCUGGUGAACUGUCAGAUGAUUUGUGUGAAAAGCAUUGUAGAUCUUUCUCCCCCCACCUCCUUUUUUCCCUUUUAACCUUGAUAUGUGUUUUGUUCAUGGUAUGAUUACACUGUAGGUUCCAAAAACUUCUGUCUUCAAUUAGAAACAUCUCAUGUAGUAUUCCUACAGUCUGUUGCAAUUUAAAAAUGUUUGGAGGAAAGCAAGAUUUAACCAAGGGGCACCCUUUGGUUGCAGAGGCGUCCGUUUGCAAGCAUGUUUUGAGGUGCCUUGCCCUGCAGGAGCCGGUAGUGCUCCCUCCAGUGCUUGGGGACAGGAGUGUUGAUACCCUCUACACCAGUAGAGAAAUAAUACUCCUUUGUCUUGUUAGAAGGAGUGCUGAAACCCCCGAUUUUAAAUCAAUUCUUAAAUCCUUCAGUUCUGCUGUUUCAAUGUCAAUCACUUUGGCUUCUUCAAAUAAAAGCUGGCCUCUUGGUAAAAACAGAGUUGGAAUAAAUGAGGUACAGCUGACAAUGUCCCUGUUCUAAUUAUUUCUCCUCCUUUUCAUCCAUGAAGAUGAAAGCUAAAUCCACUGUUGGUCUUAAUAUUUUUACCAUAGGAUUACUCUCUCUGUAUGUGUGUGUGUGUGUGCAUGGUUUCUUCUACAAGAACACAGUCUAAUUCACAUGAACCUCCUAUUUCUGAAUUUUUUCUAGGCUCUAAACCCAACUGUACCUCCUUUAUAUCUAGCCAAAACAGGUCGAGGUAGACCACUACCUCACAUGUGAAGUUUAUUCUGGGUAAAGCUCAUUCUCUUAUACAACAUUUGAACCUUUGUAAAUAGUCCAACUAGUAAAUAGUGAGUGUAAAAUGGAAAAUAAAUGUAAUUUAAACCUUUUGUUACUCAAGACACAAAUGGUUAACUUCUACUUUUUUAACACAAAUUGUGUAAAAUGCUGCUAUGAAUUUUUUUGUGCUGUUACACUUUUUUAGGAAAAAAAUGUUGUUGCCACAAGUUACUCCUAGAAAAGCAAUCUUGUGCCAUAUAUAAUGCAGUGAAACUAGGGAGACAGAUGAUCUGAUCUCUUAAUGCUGCUCUCUUUGAAGAGGCAUAAAUACUACUGACAAGAGGCAUGAGCCACAAGACUGAAGACUUCUGAAACAGUGGGUAGGACACUGCUUUCCCUCCCUCUUAGCUCCUAGUCCAGGUCACUUCCAGAACUGGAAAGAACACACAGGUGUUCAGGUGCACCUAGAGGUGGGAGGCCAGGGAAUGAGCAUUGCUGUUUCAGUAGUGCACACAUGGAUACACCCAUUUUAAUCUGAACCUCUUCCAGAUUUGGACACCAUUUGCUCAGCUCACUGCUUUAAACUGUUUUGCCAGGUGAAACAGUAGAAGGUGGGAUUGAGCACAAUGGAUGUCUGAUCUUUGUUAAAAUCAUACUCGUGGUAUGGAAGGGUACCUCUGGCUCCAAAGCUGCCUUUGAAAGAAUGCAUCAUUUAGCUCCUUUUUCUGAUCACUUUAAUGCUCACUUUUUUUGUUCAGUAGUUAUUUUAACACUUUAAAUUGAGCAAACUUGUAUAGGUUUUCUUGUGACAAGAUUAUAUCAAAUCCUUGAAAGCUAAACCAGAAUCCAGAGUUUGAGGUUUUAUUCAUUUAAAAAAAAUGCUGUCUCCAUUUCAGAUUCUUGGAAUGAAAUCAAUCCAAGCUUGUAUGAAAUUUAGUGGUAAUGCAUGAUCUUAUUUUGUAACUCUUGAAUUAUGUAUUUGAUAAUAAUGUAAAAUGUACAGUAUUGCUGUUGCUAACAAACUCAGAGUUGAUUGCCUAUAAAUAUUUUUGGUCACACACAUUUGAGCUGUUCAGUAGUGUCAGACAGAUUUUUUUUUUUUAAAACAGCAUUUGUUGUAUAAAUCUCUUCAGUCUCUAUGCAACCUUCAGAAUGAAGCUCUAUUGCUUUGACUUCUACUCCCUUUCAAAGAGAAAUGUUUUGUGAAUUGCAGAUGUAAACUGAAGACACUUCACUUUUGCUACAGGGAGCAACUGCAGUAAAGGGAUGGCAGUGUGGCUUCAGUACUAAUGAAAUCUGACACUAAAUUCCAACACAAAGAGUUGUAAAAAUGCGAAUAGGAAGGCUACAAUUUUUUCUACUAUCUACCAAUUUAAAUGUUAGAAGCAUUUUGUUUUUACAUUUAUUUCUACUUUGAUAGCCCAAACCUAUUUCAAACAAAGCAAAUUUGGGAAUUUUGUCAUGCCAAAAAUUCUGUACGAUGUAUCCAAUUUGGUUCUCCAGAGGAAAAAGAGAAGAGACAGGUUGUCAUCUGCAAUUGUCAGAGUCUAGUUUGUACUACUGCUUUUCCUGGCUGAGAGGUUUUGAGGUUCUCAUGAGUUACAUUAUGGUGGUAUCAAAGAAAACGAGCCUUAAAGUUUAAAAUCUCACAGAGCCAGAAUUAAGCAAAACAGAUGUGCUUUUAAACACAAGAAAUCCUGAGGUAUUGCAGAGAGGCUGUUCAAGUGAAAAAUCUUAUUUUGGUGCUUACUGCACCCCUGACUUAGCCUAGCAUUGUUCUGUUAACAAUGUGCUGUGAAAAGAAACAUGAGGGGCAGACAUUUGGUUUACUUACCAGCAUGGUUUGUGAAGUGAAAACUGAAAGGAAGGGGCAGGGGGGAGGGAAGGGAAUUAAGUUGUAAACAUUUUUACCUGCUUGCAUGGAUUUUCUUUAAAGAUUGAUGUAAGAAUUUUGACUUUUUAUAUUUGAGGAAUACCAGAAUAAAAUCUAAAUUAGUCCUGUGGAUAAUGUAGUCAUUCCUUGCAAAUACUGCACCAGAAGGGAUUAUGUGAAAGGCUUCAACCCCAUCUAAACUCCAUUUUAAGUUUUAUCAAAUGUUUCCUACUUCUUGCCUUGUCCUUACACUCACUCAAGCUUUACCAAGCUUGUUGUUCCAAAGAAUAAUUUCUUUUCCUUAACUUUACAUGACGCUCUUAUCCCCUUAGCACACGUGUCCAAUGCCUGUCUCAACUUGAAAACUGGUGCCAGUGCUCAGCUUGCUGCUGUAGCCCUACCUCCCCCUUACCUUGUUUUUUGAACCUGCAUUCUCCCACAGUUAGGAUGUUAAGCAGCUCCUAUGUCCCCUUCUCAGCUGACUUCACACAGUUACCACACCUCCCUCUCUUCAGCUCAAGGAGUUUUAUCAUAGUCCUGUCUGGCUGCUAUCACUGUACCUCCAAGGCAUCAAGUGAAGUAUAAGACUCAAGUCAAGGCAGAAGUGUGGUAGAGCACAAAUGGCAGGAAAGGCAAAAUGACUUUCCCAAGACUUGGGAGAGAUGAUAAGAAUCUUCAAGCUUGAACUGAGUGUUUAGGUUUUUUUAAACUUACCCUUUUUCAGUACUCUUAGGGUCUCGGUGCUGCUGUGGCAUUAAGCAGGGCCCUGGCUCCUUGGCUAAAGUGAUGGAAGUAGCACCACAUCUACCUUAAGACAAUGCUCCACAUACGGAGUGGUGUCACUUCUUAACCUGCAGACUCAGCAAUCAAGGACAUAUUCCUGCUUGUGACAAUCUGAUUGCUAUGGGCUAUGCACCAUCACCCCAAACAAUGCUCUCAGACAAUUUUCUUCUCUUAAGUAAGUAUGAAAUACUGUUCAAAGUGCCAUUUUAGCAAGGCACAGGGCCACUGAAUGUCUGCUGUGUGAGCAGCUGCUGCUCACCUCAUGGCCAAUACUUUUGGUAGCUCAGUGGUAGCACUGGUUCCCAACAGCUUUCCCUCAUUUGUUACCACCAGUUCUGAUCGGUGGGCAGUAUGAAGAAGCAUUACAGCAAUGCUGGCCAAAGACCAUCAGCUUGUGCACUUACCCUGCUGUUUGCUUACCUGUGGCCCAGUGCCCAUUACAUCCAGACAGAUUCUGUAACAAGGCUUUUGUCCUAAGGGCCUUUUUGCUGCCAUUCAACUGCUUCACUCUCCUAAAUAUUUCCUUCUUUCCUGCUUUCUGGUUAGGACACUAAUGGAACCUGUCUUUGUAUAAUGCAGACCAACAUCCACAGCAAGUGAAGGAAGAAAAAACACCUUUAAAAUCACCUUACUGUGUCUUGUAAGAUUAGUCUGCCCUUGGUAAUUGAGCAUGGGACCACAGACAUUCUUGAACAAAUGUACCAGACCCAGCCUAAGCCUUCAGUGUUACCUGGAAGAACACCAUUACUCAUGAGUAGCUGAUGGGAAAGUGACAGCACUUCUUCUGAAGGCAUAGCGAGUAUUCAGGCUGAGACAAGCACACCUACUAUAGCAAGCAACAACUGAACACCACGCAUGAAUCUUUCAGAUUUAUAAAUGACCUUGCAAGCCUUAGUACGCAACUUCGGUAGGAAGGUGAACCAAAAUUUUCCUUCACUGCAGCUCUGAAGACAAGAAUCCAGCUUGCAUGAGUGUCUGGAACAACCUUGCACAAGUACUUCAGUCAGAGAUGAUUUUAUGUGAAAUAAUUUGUAUUUACCUUCCUAAAAAUUAGCUAAUAAAAAUGCUUCUGUUACAGGCCA